AUGUUCCUGACCGUUUUCCACCUGUUCAUGGCGUUUAUGGUCUCAAUGCUCGUCGUCCCGGUCGACGAUAUCUCUCACUCGCUGGUUCAAAGAAGUCUCGCCCCAGUGGAUACUGUCAAGGGCUUGCUGACUGGUUUCCUACCUGGCGUUCCAUCCGACUCUGUCCAGGAAGAAAUAUUCCCUGUGGAUUUUGUCGCGGUGAUUCCCGCCGUUAUCCAGGCGGGCGACAUCUCUGAAGACCCAAACAACGGUGCUGAAUGCUAUCGAUGGGCUGAUCCAUUCCAGUCUCUCAAGGGUCUUCUACUGGACGAGGACGACAUGCUUCCUAUGGAUGGACUAGGCCUCCUAUACGUGUUUGCGAACGAAUCGGUAUCCUGGCUCUUUGUAUGCUCGUGGACACACGUAAAACACGUCUGCUCUUCGGUGCUACCCCUGGUCAUGCGAAACCUGUUCCAAAGGGCUCAAGUUUACACGACGAUCGAGACAUUGCAAGAUAUUUUGGCUGGUUGCUUCUUCACUCCGGUUAUUAUGCUGGUGGUCUGCAUAAGCCUUAUAACUUGGAAGACCGUCGCGACGUUUCGUCGUUCACAACUAAGUCAGGUCGUGCGAUUGCGAUCUCUAGGGUACUUCUUGCCCUUGGACUCGCGGAGGACGGUCUUCCAGCAAAGUAGCGGUAUCUCUCGCACCGACCUGGUCGAAACCGAGGAGCUAAGUGCGGCCACUGCCACUGACUCGGACGUCUCUGGAGAACUCAGUAUCUCGGAGGCCGAUAGCGUGCACCAUGAGGACGCAAACACUUGCUCGGAGGAUGUCGCAAAGAAUGACUCCGUACCAUUGUCCUUCGGCGAAGCUUUGGAAAACCAAAACCAUGCUCGUACGAUACGCGGUCAAGUCAUGAAAUCGGUCCUUUCCGGUGCUGUCCAGAAGCGGAUAGACAAGGCUCCCGUUUCAAACAGGAAGGAAAGACGCUCUGCCUUAUCCAACGCCACGAACUCUCUACCUAUACAGAAGACUCCCGUAGCCGUCGCGGAGAAGAAACCAGUCGAAACCGUGAAGAAACCACGGACGAGAGGGAUUCGCGCUGGCCGCUCGGUGGCCUACAAGAAAGAAUGGUGCGCUCUCCGCAGGUCGGCUGCUUCCGCCAAGUUCUCCUGCAGUACUGGUGACUCUGGCCAUGUCCCUGGGGUUCAGGAGUCUUUGCUUACUUGA